GCCCUGCCCGCCGCCCCUCAGGCCGUGUCGCCGCGGCCGGCGCUGGGCGCUGCCCCCCGGAUCGUGGCCCCGCAGCUGAUCGUGCGGCCGCCGCCGCAGACCACCAUCCAGCUGCCGCCCGGCUUCACCAUCCCGCCCGGGAUGGUGCUGGUGCGCACGGACACCGGACAGCUCGUGAUGGUGCCCCAGCAGGCCCUGGCACAGGCUCAGAUGCAGGCUCAGGUGCAGACACAGGGACAGGGUCCUGCCAACGUGUCACCCAGGCUUUCUGUGCCCACAACUGGCCCUGUUUUUCGCCUCUCAACAGCUCAGCAGGCAGCGUCCGUGGGCACGCCCGGCGUGCGCCUGGGGCUCCCCGUGCAGGCCAAGGUGGUGCCAUCCACGGCUGCGCCCGCCAGCGCCGCGGCCACGCUGCCAGGAGGGGCUGUGCUGCCACAUCCCACGGUAUCAGUAGCUCCGACGAGUGCUCCAAGUUUGUUCAAGACAACAGUGGCAACUGGAAGUUCAGGUUCUCAGCAGGCUGCAGUGCUCAGUGGUGGACAGAGCCAGGGCUCUGCUCAGCCCCAGGGCCAGCCCCGGCUGCCGCUGCCCCCGCACACGGCAGCGCAGGUCCCGGCACAGCCCCUCGUCAUCCCCAGCUCUCCCGUGCCUGGAACCACGGUUGUAUCACAGGAAAUGCAAGAGAAUGUGAAAAAAUGUAAAAACUUUUUAGCUACCCUUAUAAAACUUGCUUCUCAUAAUUCACCAUCUCCAGAAACGUCCCGCAAUGUGAAAGCUCUGGUUCAAGAUUUGUUGGAUGCAAAAAUUGAUCCAGAAGAAUUUACAGGCCGCCUUCAAACAGAACUCAAAUCAUCUCCUCAGCCAUAUCUUGUACCUUUCCUUAAGAAAAGUCUACCUGCACUGAGACAAUCUUUACUGAAUAGUCAACAUUUGGUUUUGCAAGGACAGCCGUCUCAGCAGUCACUCCAACAGACCAAGCUCUCACAAGUGAUACCUCAGUCUGCCUCGGGAAGCAUUUCCUCUGUUGUCACGACACAGACAAUAGGAAUAAGGCAACCAAACAACAUUUGCACAGUCUCUGUAUCAAAUACAGUGCAGCCUCCUCAGGUUAAGGUGGUACAGUCAAAUCAGAGUUCUCAACUGCAGAUUAUCCAGUCAACAUCUGCUCAAACUGUGAAACGAACCCCUGCUUGCCAGACUACCCAGAUUAGGAUGCCAGUGGUAAUAACUCAGACCAUUAGACCACAAGGCACAGUAGGGAAGGCACCAACAAUACAAGCCAGUAAAAGUCCUGGGGGCUUUGGUGUUCAGGUCUCUGCAAAUCAGAAAAACAAGCUGAAUGACCCUGGAGGUGGUUCUUUCAGAGAUGACGACGACAUCAAUGAUGUUGCCUCUAUGGCUGGUGUUAAUCUUAAUGAAGAAAGUGCCCGAAUUAUGGCUACCAACUCUGACUUGGUUGGAACCCAGAUCCAGUCCUGUAAAGAUGAACCCUUCCUUGCUGCUAUACCUCUCCAUAAACGCAUACUUGAAACGGCUAAAAAACUAGGAAUUACUGAUGUGCCAGCUGAGGUCGUUACUUUUAUUUCCCAUGCAACACAGAACAGAUUAAGAACAGUGAUAGAGAAGGUGACAGUGAUAACCCAGCACCGGAUGGAGUCGUACAAAGAUGAUGAAUGGUAUGAACAAGCCACGGAUGUCCGAUCACAGCUAAAGUUCUUUGAACAGUUGGAGCGUUUAGAAAAGCAAAGGAAAGAUGAACAAGAGAGGGAAAUUUUGCUGAAGGCUGCCAAGAGUCGCUCAAGGCAAGAAGACCCAGAGCAAGCUAGACUGAAACAAAAAGCAAAGGAGAUGCAGCAGCAAGAGCUUGCCCAGAUGAGGCAGAGGGAUGCCAACCUGACGGCUCUGGCAGCCAUCGGUCCCCGCAAGAAACGGAAGCUGGAUGCACCUGGGCUGCUCACCAUCGGAGGAGAGGGCGUGGGGGUGUGUGGGGGCAGCCAGGCCGGGCUGGGCACGGCCUCCCCCCGGCAGUACCCGCGGCAGAAAAUAACACGAGUCAACCUCAGGGACUUCAUCUUCUACAUGGAACAGGAGCGAGAAAUGAGCCAUUCCCUCCUGCUCUACAGAGCUCUGCUUAAAUAAAGCCAACACUUCUACUGAUUGCUCCACAGAAGCUCAACCUGCAUUGAAAGCUGUCAUUUUAAUGUGCCUUCUAUUUUUUUCAGAAGUCAAUGUUCCAGUAAUUUUGUUUUGUAAAAUUGUCAGACACAUGCAAUAAAUCCCCUUUAUGUAAAAAAAAUAUAUAUAUAAAAACCACAAAAAAUGUGCAAAAGGUUUUAAAAUGUUAACUCCACAAAUCAACAUCAAAAUCUUGCUUCAUUUGGCCAGUUUAGGUAAGGCUGGUGUUGAAGUUACACAAAUGCAAUGGCUCACCUAAACCAUCUCCUGGCCAGGCCUGGGACAGGCUCACAGGAGUGGGUCCCAGCCUUGCUGUUCACCUGAGUGUUUGCUCACGGUGCUGGGUUUUGUUUUCAGUUUACCAGCACUGUCUCACUAACCAUGGUGAUACCUGUUGCUGUUUUACUUAGCUGUAAUGGCAAUUUUUUGCACAGCCCAGAGACUAGCCACUGCACACUCCCACAAAUUUUAUAUAUUUAGGAUUUUUGCUUUUACUGCACAGCUCAUUUCCUGAGCCAUUUGCUGAACCAAAUCUUAAGUGUAUGAAAUCUGUGUGUGGGGUCUCAGCUGAGUUACCUUGACUUGCUUCCUCUUGUUUUCUAAAUCUCGUCAACCUUUUGCGCAUUUGUAGCAGCCGGUUAGUAACAAGAUUCAAAGUUGGGUUUUAUUUUCUAAAAAAAAAAUAAAAAUGUUAAUUUAUUUAUUGCAAAGAGUGCGGUUUAACGGUGGUUUUAAAAGAGAAUAUUGUUCAGUAAAGAUUUUAGAGUAUUCUAUAUGGAUUUUUAAAGUCGCUGUAAAGGUUUUUGGGGGCCGCUCCUGCUCCUGCAGCGGGGAGAGCAGGCGAGCUCUCCUGCACACCUCUGCCACCACGGCCUCAGCCCGGGGAGGCUCCAGACCUGGCACGAGGCUUUAAGGAGCAGCUGCAGGUACCUGAAGGUGGGGUGGAUGCCUUUGAAAAGCUUUGCUGAAGCAGAAUUUGGGCCCACACAGAGCCGAGCGGGGUCGGUGUGAGCCUGAGGAAUGGGGAUCGAGUAGGACACGAGCGGGCAGGAGCCACGAGCUGUGCUGCAGAGUUCACAGUGUUACACUCACCACGCAAGGGAGACGUUUGCUUAUUUAUCUUCUCUGUUUUUACUGUGUUAUGCUUGCCACUUUUUUGAGGCAAUAUUUUUUUUGAUGGGAAACCAUAGCGAAAGCACAAAUAGAACUAUUUGUCCAAUAGUUUUAAAAACAAAGGUUUUAAUUAUUUUUUAAGGUUUAUGAAAAGCAGAAGAAAAUUUAUACUGCUGCUAUUUAGCCAAAAGAUUAUUCAUAAGGUAUUUAAGGCCAGGAAGUGUAAAGUUAUGUUUUAAAUGUAUUGAUAAUUUGUACAUAUUGUUUAUAAAGGCCUUGUGUUUAUUAGAGUUACGUUAUUUUGAUGAUUUCUGUACAUACUGGUAAAUACCCCCAAUUUGUGUGAAAACAUACUCCCUUAUUUGUACUUAUUUUGUAAAGAAAUAAAACAAUUUACUAAAGUAA